AUUGAACGCGCUAUGCCAAGAGGAUGCUUCGCGGCCCAUCGUGUGGCUGUGAAAGAUGAAGUUGGUGUGGUCAGCAGUGCUAAUGAUGAUACAGCGCUUGUGAUGGCGAAGGACAAGGUGUUCUUCAGCCUGGGACCUCUGUUGGGUGCUGGUGCUAGUUCUUGCGUCCAUGCUGUGGCGGCCAAAACCUUUGCAACAGACGAUGCGCAAAGAGCAAGCAGCCUCCGGGGCACUGGUGGUUUUGCGGCGAAGUUUUUCCGCCGAGACAAAAAUCCACAGCUAACAGCCCUGGAAAGAGAGAUCAAGAUUCUGGCAACGUUGCCCGAGAGUCCGUACAUUGUUGGUUUCCACGGCCAGUUCUCGGUCAAAAAAGACGACCCUGCCCUACAAGAGGUUGCCAAAAAUCUCCUUCCCAAGAGGCGUGAUUCAAAGGAUUUGGAGGAUCACUCAUUGGCGGAGAGAGCAGAGACUAUUUCCGUCAUACUGGUCGACAGGUGUGAUUGCACCUUGACUAGCAUGAUUCAGAAGACUGCGCUCCCAGAAUCACAUUCUGCCUUUACAAUGGAUGGGCUCCUGCGUGGUAUAGCUCAUUUGCAUGCCCAGAGAAUUGUCCACCGUGAUAUCAAGGAUGUCAACGUCCUGAUUGCAGACUCAGGUCGCAGGGUCUGCCUGUGCGACUUUGACUUGGCAACUUACAUUCCGGAAGACGCAGAGGUCAUCGAAUGGACAGGUGGAACACCUGGAUAUAUGGCACCGGAAGUUUGCAACUACGGCAAGGCAUCCUUCUCGGCAGACUUGUUCAGUGCAGGAGUUGUGCUACAUGUCCUUCUAACAAGGAGCAAUCCCUUUCUUCCAGAGCAUGCGGGGCUCAAAGUGCAGGGCAGCUCGCCGAUGGACUAUGACAUGCUUCGCCUUUUCCGGAGCGAAGCCAGCUGCAAUCUUCUCUAUGCCCUGUUGGAGAUUGAUCCAGAGAUGCGACCAAAUAUCACAGAGAGCUUGGAGUAUUCUUGGUUUUUUGAGCUUGUUCCACAAUCUCUGUGCAAGUUGCUUGCAGACGCUGAUCGGCUGUUGCAGAGUUGUGAUCACUCACAACGAACUGAAGGAAGCAAGGCCACCAAAAAGUACGGAAUCUUUACGACUCGCAGCAAGGCGGAGGGCGCGAGCGUUUUGAAGUCUCCACUGUCUCCACCUCCAUCUGGAAGCAGAACGACAGUCUCAGUGUCAUCGGUGUUGAGUCGCAUGGGAACUGCUGCCAGGAACCUCUUCGACCGACCAGCCCGACGAACUUCGAAGGUGCUGCCCAUCCAAGAGUUUGACGAGAUAUGCCUACCGUGAGUCAUGGUGACCCACCUGUGACCUGUUUCCCCCCACGUUAGGACCUGUAGGACAUGGACAUCCUUGGCCCCAAAGGGGCUAUAUGGUCUAUCAUAUGGUCCAUGGAUGAGUUUUGGCAUGGUGCAUGUGGGUGAAAGCAAUGGUCAGCAGAGACCACUU